GAGAGAGAAAACGAAGAAGAAAACGAAGGAAGGCAAGAGGUGUCUAGAGCAUCAUCAUUGACUAGGGCGUUUGUACACGGAUAUUAGGUAGAUAGCGGAGCUUUUAACUGUAUCGCCUAGAAAUGGAUUGUCGUAACGACCAGCACCCCCAGCCACAGGAUGAGGACAUCAUGGACAUUCCACUGGAUGAUCCCGAGGCCAAUAAGGCAGCUGCCAAAAUCCAGGCCAGCUUUCGUGGUCACAUGACCAGGAAGAAGAUGAAAGAUGACAAGCCCAGGGAGGAGAAGCAGCAGGAACGGAAGUAGCUGAAUGAGACAAGGACGCCUUGGUGCCUGAACAGGGAGGUCCCGGGGCCCAGGGGAGAACAGUGUGCCCACUGCAAUAACACCAUCCUCUUUUACCCUUGGGAGGACAUUUUCAGUGUAAAAACAUAUAUAACCUACAAACUAACUGUAGAGCAAGGUUUGGGGUGUGUCUUCUGAUCAGUGAGCUCUAUCAGACACUUUUCUGUUUCUUGUUGUUUUCAAUCAAGGUGGAUGUCAGUGACCCAAGCUAGUGUUUUUCACAGCAUGCAUUUAAAAAACACUUCUUUUGGUGCACUCUGGUGGAAAAAUAACCAUGUGUAAAUGUGAGCAGGUAGAUUGUUUCAUAAGAGAUUGUUUCAUACAGAAUCAGUUGCAAAGGUAUCCAUUUCUGUUCACAUUACCUGGUUACAUUUAGUCUUACAUUCUAUAAAUAGCAGGAGAAUUCUGUAUUUAAAUGACAUGACAGAUCAAUGGCUUUUCUAAGUUAUAGUGUGAUUUAUUGCCUGUUUAAUAAAGCUGAAUGAAAUGCAGUAAAUAUGACCCUGCUGUUUUGUGUACAUCUACAGUAUAUCACUUGUCAUGCCUCCAUAUAAAUUCAAGAAUUUGGAAGCUGUCAGUUAGACCUCACAUUCUCACAGGAGGCAAACCUAGAGUCAAACUGAACGGGUCCACCAUUGGAGAGUGCAGUGUUAUGAAUUGACAAUGGGUGUGGAAUGUUUUUUAUGUAUUAUUGUUUCAUAAGAAGGACCU